AUAUCCUCUAAUGUAUCGGUGGAGCUUGUAGAUUUCAGUUGUUCAUAUAAUGGUCUAUUGUAAGUAGAUGGUUCAAGGUGUGUUCUAUGUCUUCCAAUGAGACACGUGGGUUGUGUCAGUAUCAUGGUAGCGAGCGCCGUGUGACCUGGGACUAGUGAAGCUGAUCACCAAUAUGUUCACUGCCUGUUUCCUAUUCACACUUACAGGAUUAUGUUUCUCCCAAAUGGCUCCUCCUCCAGGUCAAGCGGCAUCAGCUGGAAUGGCGGCUGCGGGAGGAAUGGCUGGAGCCGGUGGAAUGGGCGGGGCUGGAACAGUGGGCGGGGCCGGUUUACUGGGCGGAGUCGGAGGCAUACCUCCUCAUCUGUUGGGUGACCCGGGGGAGAACCCGUUUGCCCUAGACGGCAUGUGCUGGAAUUUAGAAAAACAACUCAGAGCCACAUUGCCACCAAAUACAAGCCCCAAAGAAAUGAUGGCUGACAAGGUGCAGUUGGCUAUCACAAGCUUCCUUAACGGCGGAGGAGAAAUUCCUUCGACCGGCGGGGGUAACAUUGCAUGUUUUAUACGAAACGCCAAGAAGAAGGCUGGAAAAAUGAAGGUCAUGAAUGCCGAACUCGCUACUGCAGUCGCUGAUCGAGUAGCCGAUGCUGGCUGCAGGAUACCAUGCUUCGAUGCUACUACUGGUAUGUGGGCUCAGCCUCCGCCUGGCAUGGCUCCAGCAUCACUGACACCGGCUCUGACUGAACCAAUGACUGCUUCUCAUAUGUUCCCCAGGCACCAGGCCCCGACCUAUGAUCCUAGAAUGGGAGCAGUUGACCCCUAUGGCAAUACUAUGGCUGGUCCAGGUCCUUAUGAUCCGCUAAGGAGCAGAGGACCUUACGAUCCAGGGAUGGGUACAGUUGGCAGUGUAGAUCCCGGAAUGGGCGGCAUGGGCAGCAUGGGUCCGGGACCAUAUGAUCCAGCCAGAGGUGCUGGACCUUAUGAUCCAAGUAUGGGAAGAGGCGGACCUUAUGAUCCAGGUAUGGGAAGACCCGGUCCUUAUGAUCCAAGUAUGGGGACAUCCGGUCCUUAUGAUCCAAGCAUGGGACCAGUCGGUCCUUAUGAUCCAAGCAUGGGAGCUGCUGGUCCUUAUGAUCCAAGUAUGGGACCACCUGGUCCUUAUGAUCCCAGGCUUGGCGGGGGAGCAGGGCCCUAUGAUCAAACUAUGGCAGGGUCUGGACCCUAUGAUCCGUCUGUGGGUGGACCUGGACCUUACGACCCUGGUCCUGGAGCAUUUGAUCAAGGUCUUGGCGGACAUUAUCCAGGGCGGAGUGGAAUGGGAACUGAACCCUACCCUGCCGAUGUGGCUCCUCGAUCAACAUCCUCACAUGACCGUGGGCGUGGCCUUCACACAUCUCACCAGAUGGCACUGCAUGAGCGGAGGAGAAUGGGACUGACACACAGAGGACCGCCGUCACAGAUGGACAUGGGUACUGGCUUCCGAGAACAUCCACUGAGCAGGACUAAUCCUACUAACCACAUCACAGGAAUGGAGCAGUCAUCUCGUCACCUAUCCUCUUCUAUUGCCGACACUCAACUCAGAGGCUCCUCUGGUCAACAAUCAGGCUUUGCUAAUGCCGAUCAAACAGGAGCCUUUCUAGGAGGUUCCAGUGGGCAUGGUCAGUCCAUGCCCGGCACUGGUACGAAUCCCUUAUUGCAAGACACUGCGCGCUUCUCAGCUGGAAAUAUGGCAUCAACUGAUCUUGGAACGUCUCCGACCAGGCCUGCUGAUAACCAGUUUCAAAGAGCCAUAUUAAGGGAUGGUGUUCCGACACCUAAUCUGGCUAGUAGUCAAGCGAUUUCAGGUUCUGGUACUGGAACUAAUGCAAUGCAGGCCUCAGGUGGUACUCACCUAAUGGGCGACCCUGCUGGAAGUCAACUUGGUCAAACACAACGAAUGUUGUCUCAGUCCGCAACACAGCUAGCUACAAGUCGCCAAUCACAGUUUGCCUCUGAUCAUGCUGGAUUUACAUUUGACAGGAAACAAUCUGCAAAUCAGAUGACGCCUACAAGAGUAUCCUCAGGUAUGUCCCAACAACCUGGUGGACUGAGCCAGGAUUUUGCCAACGCACGGUUGCAGAGUGGUAGAAGGGAUUUCAGGGAUGUAGGGCUGAUGUCAGACAGAAGGAUGUCACACCCUUCCAGAGAGGCAUCAUUAUUUUCAGAGAAUCCCCGUUCGUCUAGAACAAUGUCUCAUUCCUCUGACAUGAUGACACAUCCUAACUGGAGAAUGACAGACAGAUCCAACUCUCACUUCAAUUCUCACGCUAUGCGAGGAGAAACGUCAGGUAGCUCUCGUAGAUCAAUGCAGGCCAUAGAUCGACAUCAACUUGUGGGCACUGGCUCAUCAUUUGACCAUAGUUCCCAAAGGAUGUCUUCGGAUUCACCUAGGUCCUCUGACCGGAUGUCAAGCUUUUCCCACCAGAGUAUGUCGCCAUCUUUCCCAAGGAGUAGAAUGGCACAGAUAUCCCGGGUAGACACACGCGGAUGGGGGACGCAUUCACCUUCAAGAAUGAACUCUCAUUUUAAUGAUCAAGCUAGAUUUGUGAGUUCGGCUGUUGGUAGCACUACAAAAAUAUUUUCAAAGAGACCCACGAUCAAUUCUGUCCAUGAAACACCGGGUGUCGCAGAGGUAAGGGAUCUAAAACUUACCGGGAACAACGGUGCCAAAUUUGCAAUGACAUCGCCUGUUGGCCUCGGGGGAAAAUCACCUGAUGCUCUGUUGAGGGAAAAACAGACCUUAUCGACAUUUGACACACAAAAAGAUCCCAAGGUUGGUACAGUAGGGAGCAAUUCUUUGACACAAGGAACGACUCUUUCUGAUAAGAACUUCUUUCACCGUAAAACAGAUCUUCAUUUAAACCAGAACAGAAUUACGGGUAAUGAAGAGAGUACGCAGCCAGCAAAGGAUGUCCUUUUACCAAAUAUGGGCAGAAGUGCUCAAGGGUCAUUAUCUUUGUCCCAGGAAUUAUCACAUGAUGGCACAUCACUAAAGAAUGGAAUACUUGGGAGAACAGGCAGCGAUAUGACUCAAACAACUAAGUCCACUGGAGAUGUGACCAAGUUGGGAUUAAACAAUAACCGUCUUAAUGACAGUAUCACGGGAAGUGUUAGUGGCAGAGACACGCUUAUGGGCCAAGUUUCUAAUAAGGAUCUCCAUGCAGACUCGGUUCCACUGAGGAAUACUUUACAGGAUGGUGGUCAAAAUGACCCCACCAGACAAUCAGAGCAAGGUAGAAGUUUGUCGAACAAUGCCCUUGGCAGUGAUGCACAACACACAGACUUAUCAGUGAUGUCUCCUGACAUGCUGACAGAGAACAGUUCUUCAGGCGGUGUUGGGGACGUGUUAAACAAAGCUAAAGGACUUGAUAGUCGUUCUGGUUCUACGUUUACCAGUGGUAAACAGAAUGUCACUGACAUAGUAGAUGGGGGUCGGAUUACUGAUGCGGAGCUUCUCACUAAAUUCCGACUCCCCAUAGUGAUCAGUGCUGCGGACAUCAAUAGUCCCGUUAGGGAUCCACACAUUGACAGGUUUGGGGGUAGGCUGAGAAUAACGCAGUCGCUAGGUGCAAAUGAUAAAUUAAUGGAGAAGGGACAUAGUAGUGGUCUUAACACGCAUGGUGGAAACCUCAGACUUGAUGCUGCCUCAAGAUCUCAAUUUGCGUCAGAGAACAAGGCCGCCAUGGACAUGCUGACGGCUAACCAGGGUCAAAGUAACAUACAGGAUAUUCAAAUUGCUGUUCAGAGGCUAGGGGGUGGACGUCCUUUUCAGACUUUAGGGCCAGACAAGGCAUCUGGUGGUGUUGUAGAUACAGGUGUAGGACACGCCGAUGCUGCUCUUGGGAUGGGUACAGGACCUAUUGAUACAUUACAUUCCAGACAAGGAGCAGGAAUGGACACACGUUCUGGUCACCCAAUGGCAGAUCGCCAUGCUACUCAUACGGGUUUCAGAGACGUAGGUCGGCUUCAAGGCCCUGAUAUGGGUAUGGCUACCGAUGUUGGAUUUGGACACCCAGGUCCGUUCCACGGUGCUGAGAUGGGUUUGGGACACCAAAUGAGGGACAGACAUGCAACUGAUAUGGGUUUUGGAAACGCAGCUCCGUUCCCUGGCCCGGAUGUGGGUUUUGGAAACCCAUGGAGGGACAUUCAUGCACCUAAUAUGGGUUCUUUUCACGGCCCUGAUGUAGGGUUGGGUGCAAAUCAAGGGAUAGGCGUUGGAUUUGAAUCACAUCAUUCUACAUAUCAAAUGGUUGAUCCUAACCAUGCCAUGGGACCAGAUCCAUUCUUACUUAGCCUCCUCUAAAUUUUGCAGAUUUGAUUGCAAAACUGCAUUUCCUUUGAGUUAAAACUACUAUUUUGGUUGUGAAAGUCGCAUUGUACAGAAACGACGUGGAUGGCAUGAUAUGGCUUCUAUGUUAUAAAGGACUGCUAAAUUAUAAUCUGUCAUAAGGAUAAGCCUACGGGUUCAUUAUUAGUGUGCUGAAAUGAAAUACGUUAUGUAUGAUUUGAAAUAAAAUUGAUUUCUAUUAAAACAA